AUGUACCUCCUGUCUCUCGUUCUAAGCGUUGUGGCUGUCGCACUUUCAGUCUCCGCUUCACCACUACAUGCCCGCGUCGAUUACGACAUCAAGGAAUCUAAUAAUGUUCCCCAACGAUGGUCGAAUAUUGGCGACCCUCACCCACUGCAUCUCUUGACUCUUAACAUCGGCCUCGAACCGAGCAAUUUCGGCUCGCUUGAAGCGCACCUCCAUCAAGUCUCCGACCCAUUACACCAUCGUUAUGGCCAACAUUUAUCCCAGCAAGAAGUCCAAGAUCUUUUGAAACCCGCGGACGAAACCCUGGAUCUCGUUCAAGAGUGGCUCACCAGCAAUAAUAUUGACACGUCUCGCUGUGAAAUCAGCUCCGCCAGGGACUGGAUAACUGUCACUCUUCCUGUUGCAAAAGUCGAACAGCUUCUCGACACUAAGUAUUCUGUCUAUCAACAUGAAGACGGCACCAGACUCGUCCGUACCACGAGUUGGUCUCUACCACAACCACUCCAUGAUCAUAUUACCACAAUCCAACCCACCACCGCCUUCCUCCGCGCCAGCCCGAAGGGAAACACAGUCAUCGAUGUCCCAUUGGAUAUCGCCUCGAUCAAAACCACUGCAGCCGCUGACGCUGCCAAUACGACCACCAUCAGAGGUGCCUGCAAUUUCGGGGGCAUGACCACGAAGUGCUUGCGCACGCUCUACAACACCAUCAACUACAAACCCCAAGCUCCGCACAAUAAUUCGAUUGCCUUCAACAAUUUCCUUGGCCAGGUGUCCAAUCGAUCUGACGCCCGAGUUUUCUUGCAGAACUUCCGGCCGGAUGCGGUCGACUCGGCCAAUGCUAUUACUCAAAUAUCUGUGAACGGCGGAGCUGUCGACAACGGCACUGCUGGUGCAGGCAUCGAAGGUAACCUCGACCUCGAAACAAUCCUCGGCCUUGUCUAUCCGACUCCAGUGACUUUAUACUCUACAGGCGGUAUGCCUCCUUAUCAACCGGACAGAUUCACGCCGACAAAUACGAACGAACCGUACCUCACAUGGCUCCUCUUUUUGCGGGACCAAAACAUUACUACCAUUCCAAAGGUCAUUUCUACGUCGUAUGGCGACCAUGAACAGACCGUGCCGAGGAGUUACGCCAAAACCGUAUGCAAUCAGUUUGCGGCUCUCGGCGCUCAGGGCAUCUCCUUGUUCUUCAGCUCGGGCGAUGCUGGCGUUGGCGACAACUCGAGCUGCAUCACAAAUGACGGCACCAAUCGGACCGCCUUUAUGCCAGUCUUUCCCGCUUCCUGCCCGUACGUCACCACCGUCGGUGGAACUAUGAACUACCCCGAGGUCGUGGCGUACGAUUCUCGCAAUGGAUUUGCCUCUGGCUCAGGGUUCAGCAACUAUUUCCCGCGACCGCAGUGGCAGAGCACCGCGGUGGAAGAAUACCUUGAUACCGUCGGGUCAAAGUUCAAAGGCUUGUUCAAUGCUUCUGGCCGCGCGUACCCGGACCUCGCAGCACAGGGAUACAGGUAUCUCGUCUGGCUGAAUGGGACCAUUCACAGUGUUGACGGUACGAGCUGUUCGGCGCCGACCGUUGCAAGCAUUUUUUCUCUCGUCAACGACGCGCUCGUGGCCAAGGGCAAAUCGCCCAUGGGAUGGCUGAACCCCUGGCUCUACCAAAAAGGCUUCCAAGCGUUCACAGAUGUCGUCAACGGCAGCAGCAUCGGCUGCAAAGGAGCCGGGUUUGGUGCUGCCGAGGGAUGGGAUGCCGCAAGUGGUUUUGGCACACCGGACUUUGAGAAGAUUCUGGGUGUGCUCGGUAUUGGAGGAUCUUGA